AUGGCGCGCAAGUUGUUUUCUGCGGCGGCGGCUGCUUGGAGCGGGCCGACCAAGGAGCACAUGAGCCACUCGGAGGCGUUUGUGGAGACGCUGGCGGCGUAUGGGGUGAAGAACGUGUUCGGAGUCGUCGGCUCGGCGUUCAUGGACGCGCUCGACCUGUUUCCUUUUGCCACACCGGCCGGGAGCUCCAAGCAGGGCAUCCGAUUCGUGCAGACGGCGCACGAGCAGGGCGCGGCGCACAUGGCGGACGGCUACGCGCGGGCGUCACAGCAGCACGGCGUGUGCAUCGGGCAGAACGGACCGGGCGUGUCCAACUGUGUGACCGGGAUUGCGGCGGCGUACUGGGCCCACUCGCCGGUGGUCAUGAUCACGCCCGAGUGCGCGUCGGUGAGCAAAGGCCUCGGCGGCUUCCAGGAGCUCGACCAGGCCGGCGUCUUUGAGAAGAUCACCAAGUACCAGGCGCUGGUCAACGCGCCGAGCCGAAUGGCGGAGCUGACCGGACGGGCGUUUGACUACGCCACGGCUGAGAACGGGCCGACGCAGCUCAACAUUCCGCGUGACUUUUUCUACGGCGAGGCUGAGCACGCCAUUCCCACGCCGCGACCGUUGCAUCACCCUGCUCCGGCGGCAGCAGCUGUCGACGCGGCGGCAGAGGCCAUCCGCAGCGCCCGUAACCCGGUCAUCAUUGCCGGCGGCGGCGUGGCGGCGUCGGCAGGCGGGCCCGAGGCAGCGGCGGCGCUUGCCGAGGCGCUCUCGGCACCGGUUGUCACCUCGUACCUGCACAAUGACUCGUUCCCGGCAUCACACCCGCUAGCGGCCGGCCCACUCGGGUACUGCGGCUCUCAGGCGGCGAUGAAGACGAUUAGCGAGGCCGACGUUGUUGUUGCACUCGGCUCGCGGCUCAACCCGUUCGGGACGACGCCGCAGUACGGACACGACUACUGGCCGCACGACGCGACGCUCGUCCAGGUCGACGUCGACCAUCGGCGGCUCUCGCUGACCAAGCACGCUGAUGUGCCGAUUGCGGCCGAUGCCGGCGAGACGGCACGGGCUCUGGUUGCAGCGCUGCAGACCGGCGAGACACCGGCCAGUGCAAGCUCGGCCGAGACGCGGCUGGCACAGCUGGCGGAACGCAAGCGCGCAUGGACGACGCUGCUGGAUACGUGGUCGCAGCCAGACGCCGGCGAGGAGCGGGUCAAGCCACGGGCCGCGCUCGCGGCUCUCCGCGAUGCAAUGCCUGCCGACGCCAUCGUGACGACCGACGUGGGGAACACGUGCUCGGUCGCCAACGGCUACCUCCAUUUUGAGCAGCCACAGUCGUUCAUGGCGGCGAUGACGUUUGGCAACUGCGGAUACGCAUACCCAGUGGCGCUCGGAGCCAAGCUUGCGGCGCCGGAGCGGCCGGUGGUGGCGUAUGUCGGCGACGGGGCGUGGUCGAUGUCGCUCAUCGAGACGAUGACCGCCGUUCGCGAGAACCUUCCGGUCACCGCGGUCGUCUUCUCCAACAACAUCUGGGGCGCCGAGAACCUCAACCAGCGCAUCUGGUUCGGCGACCGGUUUGUGGGCUCGGAGCUGACGAAUCCAUCGUACGCCGCCGUCGCCGAGUCGAUGGGCGCGGUCGGGAUUCAGGUCUCGGCCGCCAGCGACGUGGCUGGCGCGUUCAAGGAGGCGCUUGCGCAUCAGGCGGCUGGGCGGCCGACCGUGCUGGAGAUCCUUACAACCAAGGAGCUCGGCGAGCCGUUCCGGCGCGACGCCAUGCGCUACCCGAAGCGGGUGCUUGCCAAGUACCAGCACACGGACGUGUCCGAGCCGUCGGCGUAG